UUUUCCUAUCAGGAGUGCAAGAAAGAAAAAAAAAAUUUGUAAAAACAAUCAUUGCUGCCUCGCUCGGCGUCACCGGUCAGUCCCUUUUUCUUUUUUCAUCUCCACAACUGGCAGCGACACCGUUUCUUCUCUCUUUUAUCGUUCUCACCAUUUUCCAUUUGUUCUUUCCUUACCGUCUUUCAGCCAACACCUUGCUCUCUACCUCUACACUGCAGCAACUCCUCUUAUUUUGAUCUUUCCCCAUUUCCUUUCCUUUUCAUUUCUCGUCCGCUCUUAUCUUGUUCUUGCCCUAUAUUUCCCUCCCAGCAAACCCACACCUUUUGGUCAAAUUUCAACCUUUUCUUCUUUUGUUUUCAAUUAUUAAGUUAAUUUUGAAUGACCCAGAUUUUAUUACUUCAAUAUUUCUCUCUAGAAAUAUCCGUUUAAUCUUUUGACGUGAAUUUUCAAUUGAUGGCUUAUUGAGCUUUAGAGUGCGGAUUUAAGGAUCUUAGCUUGACGUCAAUUGGGUUAAUGAGAAGAAAAUGAUGUCUGAAGAUGCUGGACAGAUGUUGAUCGUUUAUGAUGAUCCUUCAGAUCAACGAUCCUUGUCUUUAGGUGAAACCAGUAGUACAGAGGAUUCACCUGAUGAAACCCGGCUUUCUCUAGAAACCAUUAAUGAUGCCAUUCCAUAUAUUGGGCAACGAUUUGCUACUCAUGAUGCGGCUUAUGAAUUUUAUAGUGAAUUUGCAAGGCAAUGUGGCUUUUCCAUCCGUCGUCAUCGCACAGAAGGAAAGGAUGGGGUUGGAAAAGGACUUACAAGACGUUACUUUGUCUGUCACCGUGCUGGCAAUACACCUGUCAAAACCUCAAAUAACGGUAAACCACAAAGAAACAGAAAAUCAUCCCGAUGCGGAUGUCAAGCAUACUUGCGGAUAAGCAAAGUAACAGACUUAGGAGCAGCAGAAUGGCGUGUCACGGGUUUUGUGGACCACCAUAAUCAUGAACUUUUAGAACCGAAUCAAGUUCGUUUCCUUCCUGCAUACCGAACCAUAUCAGAUGCAGAUAAGAACCGGAUCCUUAUGUUUGCCAAAACAGGAAUCUCAGUGCAGCAAAUGAUGAGGCUGAUGGAACUUGAGAAGUGUGUGGAGCCAGGAUAUCUACCGUUUACUGAGAAGGAUGUGAGAAAUUUACUUCAAUCAUUCAGGAAAUUAGAUCAAGAAGAUGAAAGCAUAGAUUUAUUAAGAAUGUGUAGAAACAUUAAGGAGAAGGACCCCAACUUCAAAUUUGAGUAUACACUUGAUUCACACAAUAGGUUAGAGAACAUUGCCUGGUCAUAUGCAUCAUCAGUCCAGUCAUAUGAUAUAUUUGGUGAUGCUGUGGUGUUUGACACGACUCAUCGUUUGACUGCACUUGACAUGCCACUGGGGAUAUGGGUUGGAAUGAAUAAUUAUGGCAUGCCUUGCUUUUUUGGCUGUGUGCUUUUACAAGAAGAAAAUUCAAGGUCAUUGUCAUGGGCUUUAAAGGCAUUGUUAGGGUUCAUGAAUGGAAAAGCACCGCAGACAAUAUUAACUGACCAAAGUAUGUGUCUCAAAGAAGCCAUAGCCAUUGAAAUCCCUACGACUAAACAUGCACUCUGCAUAUGGAUGAUUGUGGCAAAAUUUCCAUCCUGGUUUAAUGCUGUUUUGGGGGAACGUUACAACGAGUGGAAGGCUGAGUUUUAUCGACUCUACAAUUUAGAGUCAAUUGAGGAUUUUGAAUUGGGCUGGAGGGACAUGGUCAACUCUUUUGGGCUACACACAAACAGGCAUAUUGCCAACCUGUUUGCAUUACGCACAAUGUGGGCUUUGCCGUACUUGAGAAACCAUUUCUUUGCAGGAAUGACCACAAGUGGCCACUCAAAGGCAAUUAAUGCUUUCAUUCAAAGGUUUUUAAGUGCACAGACUCGGCUUGCACACUUUGUGGAACAAGUUGCUGCUGCUGUGGAUUUUAAAGAUCAAGCAGCUGAACAACAGACAAUGCAGCAGAAUCUUCAAAACAUUUGCCUAAAAACAGGAGCGCCUAUGGAAUCUCAUGCUGCCUCUAUCCUCACUCCUUUUGCCUUCUCUAAGCUUCAAGAACAACUAGUUUUAGCUGAACACUAUGCAUCAUUUCAGAUGGAUGAUGGCUUUCUUGUAAGACAUCAUACAAAACUCGAGGGAGGCCGGAAAGUAUAUUGGGUUCCUCGAGAGGGUAUUAUAAGUUGCAGCUGCCAUCAGUUUGAGUUCUCUGGAAUACUUUGUCGCCAUGCCCUUCGAGUUCUCUCAACAGGAAAUUGCUUUCAGAUCCCAGACAGAUAUCUUCCUCUUCGCUGGAGAAGGAUCAGCACAUCACCUGCAAAGCUUCUGCAUAGUUCUUCAAGUGAUCAUAGGGAGAGGAUUCAGUUGUUGCAGAACAUGGUAUCAACCCUUGUAGCAGAAUCUGCCAAGUCAAGGGAAAGGUUGGAUGUUGCUACCGAGCAAGUCUCCAUUCUUUUAUCUCGCAUAAGAGAGCAGCCAGUUGCAUCGCAAGGUGUGCGAGAUAUUUCACCUAUUCAUAGGAAUCUUUGAAAACUAUAACUUGAACAACUAGAGCAGAAAGCAACAUGAGAAAUUUGAUAAGAAAUCACGUUGAGGUUAGAAAUGCAAGAGUUGAUGAAGGGUUUGGCCUUUGCAUACUAAAUUUUGUAGUUCUGUUACAUGCAAUCAAAAUAAACAAGUUGCAUGUUCUAGGCAUUAUUUUGCCAAUUCCUAGGGGAUGUUCUCGAUGGUUUUUACGUGUACAAUAUAUACGUAGGAAGUAGCCUAUCUUGUAUGAUAUUCAUGUGUUUUUUCUGCAGAAAAAAAAAAUGAAACCCCAUUUUGCUUUUGCCUAAUAGCAUAUGAUGGAAACGUUCUAAAAGAGCUUUCUUCUUUCAUUUCUAGAGCAAUUGACUAGUUAGGGGUAUAUCAUUGAUUCAUAGUUGAGAUUUAGAACUUUCUUUUCCAUGCAUGUGAAUGAGGAAUACAGAGGGAGAUUCCAACUUUUAAGCCUGGUAAAAAGGAAUCAA